UUUUAAGACGUCGCGCCUCUCAGCAUGUGCAGCAAAACAUACGUGUUUAUCCUCUUAGGUUGAUAUUUAUCGUGUUCUCACAGAGUUCUGCGGUGAUAUUUAUUUUUAUUUUUUAUUUUUAUUUUUUUUACACCGGGGUGUUCUCAUAUCGGGAUUAGUUUGUGUUUCUGCUGUAAAUAUGGAGGAUUUACCAGAAGAUUUGAGAUCAUUUCUGGAGAAACAGUCGUGCUUUGAGCUUACAGAGUCGAAAAAGAUUAAGUGUUUGCUGAAUGGACAUGAGUUUCCCUGUAGUCUCUCUGAGCUUCAACUCUUCAUAUCUGGCAAGAAAUACAAGAAGCUCAGUGCAAAGGAGGAGUUUAACUACAGCCAGUACGAGCCGCACAUAACCAACAGCACCAAACAACCUAAUCAUCUUUUCUGCAAACUCACGUUACGUCACAUUAACCGUGAGCCAAAGGAGGUUCUGCGACACGUAAGCGGCAAACGCUACCAGAAGGCUUUAGCGCAAUAUGAGGAGUGUGUGCGUCAGGGUGUGAAGUUUGUGCCUGUGCAGCUCAGGAAGAAGCAGAGACGCACAGAGAGUGAUGAGGACACAGACAGACGAGUGCAGAAGAAAAAAAAGAAGCAGACGGAGGACAGCGGUGUGUGGGCUCCCAGCUCCAGUGAAGAAGACCACAGCGACUCUGAGGACAGCAUGUCUGAUCUCUAUCCACCAUCACUGUUCAGUCUGAAGAACGCAGAUGAUGAGCAGCAGAUGAAAGAUGAUGAUUUUCAGACUGAUGAAGAUGAUGAUGAAGAAGAAAUGGAAGUAGAAAGCCAGGAGCAGAAACGCAGGAAGGUUCAGUCUGCUGGAUUUACUAAGAAAUUCAAGAAGAACAAUAAGAAGAACGGUUUUAAACGUGUCAGCAGAGUCAACGGGAAAUAAUAAAGUCUUUAAUUCACUCAAA